GUAAGUCUACUAUCUCUCAUCUCUGAUCUUUCCCUUUCAAUUUGCACCAAAACCCUCCAAAACCCUAAUUAAGUCAAACCACGAUUUCCCCACGCUUUCACUUUUAUCCCUCAUUUCUUCCCAUAUAUAUACUAUACAUACAUACACACAUAUACACACCACACUCAAAUCAUUCCUCAAUUCAGUAGUCACAUCUCUCAACAUCUAUAUAUUUAUAUGUCUGUGUGUGUUUAUGGCUGACCCUAAUUCGAAAACUCCAGAGAUUAUUAUUAGUCAAACAGCAUCUUACCCAAAUCGCCAGCUACAGGCUAUUGCUGCAACUGCAACUGCAACAACUGUAACGGCGGCGGCAGUUGUUGAGGAUAAGGUUAUAGAAGCGACAACAACAACAACGUUGGAUACUCCGAAUUUGGUGUCUCCGAGGCUGGCAGAACAAGGGCAGGUCGCCGCGGCCUCUUCGCCCACGGGCGGCCGUGGGAAACACCCGAAGUACCGCGGAGUGAGGAGCCGGAGCGGGAAAUGGGUGUCGGAGAUUCGGGAGCCGCGGAAGACCACGCGGAUUUGGCUGGGGACUUACCCGACGCCGGAGAUGGCGGCGGCGGCCUACGACGUGGCGGCGCUGGCGCUUAGGAGCGCCGAGGCCGUGCUCAACUUCCCUGCCUUCGCCGCGCGGUACCCCGUCCCCGUUUCCUCCGACGCGGCGGAUAUAAGACGCGCCGCCGCUAGCGCGGCGGCGAUGAUGAAGCCUGAGAGUAGCGGCGGGGAUGGCGGCGGUGGCCGCCUAGAGAGGAGCGAUGAUCCGUCGGUUAACACAGAGUAUAUUGAUGAAGAAGAGCUUUUCAAUAUGAACAAUUUGCUGGUGGAUAUGGCCGGAGGAAUGAUGGUGAGCCCGCCGAGGAUGAAUUCUUCCCAUCACGCCGACGAUUCCCCGGGAAACUCCGACGCCGAAACCCUCUGGAACUACUAAUAAUCCCAAUAACUUCCAAACACUCCAUUUUCAAUUCAUAUCAAGAAAAACAAAAUCCCCCAUUUUCAUUGUAUAUGAAAUAUAUUCGAUCUUCGAUAUUCAAUCUUCUCCCAAAUACUGCCUACUGAAUUAAGUCCGUGCAGACAAACAUAUGAUAUAUAUAUACUGGCUGAUGGAGGGAACCAUGAUCGAACAAUUCCGAGUUUAUGCUACUAGACUACAAGGUUCUGCGAAUCAUCACCUAAUAGUAUUUUUCUUUCAUUCAAGAGAUGCUUUUUGCUGUUUGUAUUUCAUAUAUACAUAUCAGCGUUUGAUUUUCUGGUUGUUCUUGUUCGAUCUUCAUCAUCAUCAUCUGAUUGAUCUCUUGUUCUGAGCUUCCAAGAUUUGAUCAGAAAGUCUGAGGUUUCAGAAUAUUGAGAUUUUUAGUAAGGUCAAACAAAACGUUUUUCAAUUUCCGAAUCUUCUGUUUGUCGUUCAAACGGUUUUCUUGUCUUCACUCCAUCAAUUAAUGCAAAUAUUAUCAUGUUUUGUGAUUUUA